CACCUAAACCAUGCCGCAAUUGGGACAACCAUCAAGUGGGACUAGUCCCCGAACAACGCAAAGUAUUGGCAGCGUUUCCUCUACAUCUUCCGUUUCUUUGAGUGGAGUUGCCUCCUCAUCGGGGGUGCUCAUUGCACCACCUAGAAAAAGCUCACAGAUUGUAACAUCCGCGACAUCACCCGCACCAGCUUCGAUAUCUUCACAAGGUCUAAGCCCAUCUUACUCUCAUACAUCCGUGUCAAAUAUCAACAAGUCACUGUCAACACUCGAUGCGCAGAAGAUUAGCAAGGACAUUGCAGCCGACUCAACCAUUAGAGGAAGUGCUUGGCAAACGCUAUGCGUUAAAGUACUCCCUUUGUUCAAUGGCCAAGGCUUAAAAGGGCAUAUGGAAGACAUGAACGAGCUUGUCAGCAACUGGUUAACUGACACUCCGGCAUAUUUGGUUGUGGAAGAGCUGAAUGACUUACUAAAUACUGGAAUGCUGACACUCGGAAACAAGCUCGCAACUGUAGCGAACGAGGUUCUUGCAAGCCGUUUGGUGGAAGUAUGGUCUUUCUAUUUCGGAACGGUUGUCCCGUACCUUCAAGGCGUGUUUCUACCCGUUCGAACGCAAUGGCGCAAUGCUGCAGCUCGAACUGGUGAUUCUCCAGAUGUAAGGAAAAUGGCUCUGAUUGCUUUUCGCGACCAAAUCAUUGUGCCUUUAGGUGGUCGCCUCACAGGGAUUUUCCCCAAGCUGGUCGCAGACAUUGAAAACGGUAGAAAAAUCAAUGACACUGCCUCACGCCUGAUGCAAAUGCUAUGUAUUUUGGACGGUAUUCCCUUGGCCGAUGAUCGGGCGAGUCCCAUUGCAGAAGUCUUGGCUGUAUUCAAGGAGACAAUGAUGGGAAACCCCGGACUUAAUCGAAAUAGCAUUGCCCUAUUUGGUGCGCGGGUGCACACAUCCACAUGAUUUUUUCGAUAUCCGACAUAACCAGCUCUGUCAAAUCGUGCACUGACGACAAACUUUGGUUCUCUGACGUGUGUAUUGUACAAAGCACAUCUUCGGACCGAUAGCUGUAUGGCAGCUGGUCACAAAGGGACCGAACCGAAACGAAAAAGGGGUGGACCACUCUGCUGGCCACUAGUUAGUUACCUAAGCGCUGUGGAACGAAGUUCACUUCGCUCUAUUGGGGAGCCACGACGAUACAAGUUGCGCUAUCAGGGCAGGCACAUGAUGAACAUGUUACGAAUGCUCAGGUAUCGAGAUCAAAAAGUUCGGAAAAUCGUGUCUCCAUUGCAUAAAUAUUUGGAUGGUUGAUAUCAGAGACGGUGGCUCGUGACUUUCGCUUCCGAUCCUGGUCGUAUAAGACGUCUAAUGCCUUGAGCAAUGAUUUCUUUCGCUGAUGCCAGUAUUCGCCAGUUAGUAUUACGUGUUAAGUGGUGCAACGUUAAUCAUAACCCGUACCUCCUCCAUGUGAAUGCCGCGUACGGCUUCCUUAUAGCGCUCCGCCGCUUUCUGUUUUAGGAGAUGUUCU